GUUGCCCCAAUAAUAAGAUAAGUAAAAAUAAAUUUUUAUAGAGGAGUGCAGAACUCAAGAAGGCUAUAGAAACAGGAAGUACACGUUAGGUAGUGGGGGAACGUGACAAUUUGGUUUUCUGAAAUGGGCGGAUAAGUUGCAAGACGCAGUAGCCUCCUGCGCAUAUUACGAACAGGUGAUAAUAAAAAAGCAGAUAUUUAUUUUACCGAAGCAUAUACGUACGUAUAGAAUCAGUGUUAAUAUUUUAUUCUGAAUUACCGCCAGAUGGUAAGUCAACAGUUAGUCUGCGCAGAAGAGGCUACCGCGACUUGCAACUUAUUCUAUUGCUCUGCCUAUUUCAGAAAACCCUUUUUCUUACGUAUUCGUACGGUACCUCCCAUUUCUAGUCUUCUUGGCCUAACUUUUGUUUUAUUUUGGAUACAUAAAUUAUUUAUUUCUGUGAAUAAUAUGCCAAAACACAAAAGUACGAAACGUGUACGGAAACAUCGACUGUCAACCCAAUUUUCAUCUCUGCCGAAUAUAUCAAGUCCUUCAGAUGAUUCAAAUCAUGAAGAUGCGAAUGUUAAUGAGAAUAUCAGCUCACAGCUAGGACAACAAUAUUAUUCGCUUAGUUCCCAUAUGGAAGAUUGUCUCACACCAGGCGACAUUGAUUCAAACUACGAAAUUAAUGAAUCUGAAGACCAAAUCAAUAUCCACUCUAAAUUGUUAGGCAGAUGACUACUGUAUGGUUUACCAUACCACAAACAUUUGAAUGGUGGUCAAAUCGGGAAAAAUUUGAUGGCCCCGGUCGGGUCCCCAGCAGGGAACCAGAUCGGGCCCCGAGCCAUGGCCCCGGUCGGUUUUAUUGUUUCAUCCAGGCCGGGGGCAGGCCAGAUUUCCCGAAGUGGCCCCGGUCUUGCCCGGUCUGGCCCUGGCCAGGGCCCGGUCAAAAUUUCUGCACGGG